AUUAUCAAUACAGUUGUUUGCGCUCCUGUUUUCUGGCUCCUGCCUGUCACUUCCACGAAUUCCUAAUCUUUCAUUUGUGCCAACACAACUCAAAAAUCCAUAUCGUAUUCCAAGCAUUCAAUAAGUACAAUUAAGAUACAUAAGGUACCACCCGGCAAAAUGUCUUCAAAAAAGAAAAGCUCCAAGCAACAGAAACACCAAGCCAAAGAAUCUAAAAAGGCAAAUGGAGAUAAGGUAUCAAUCAAAAUAUUACUUCUUUUGUCUUUUACCAUCUUAGGACUUGUAAUAUUUACGGACGUCCAGAGGCAUGGCAGUUGGAAAGAUUCAGUACUAGCUAAUCUUUUGAAAGACUAUCAUGUUUGUGAAUAUAGUCAUAAAGUCCUCAACAAGACCUCUGAAGGAAUAAGGUGGAUCAAUUCUGAAAUUGACAAACAAUUUCCAGGAUAUGAGAAAAAACUGCAUGAAACUUUGGAGCCCUACUCAGAAUUAAUUUCUGACCUAGGCAUCAUUUCUUAUAAGCUCUUAUCAAAUGCAAAGGAGUCUGUUAUAAUACUUUAUGGAAAUUUAUUGACAAAGAUUGAAGAAUAUGCACCAGGUUUGCUGGAUCAAACUGCUGAUGGUUUAAGGAAUACGUUAAACCAGUUAACAAUUUAUUCUAAGAAAAGUUUGAAAUAUCUCAGAGAAGAAGUUUUUGUUGGAAACUUAGCGCCAGAAUACAUGGGUAAAGUAAUUAUUGACCUCAUGAAUAAUGGUAUAGAAAAAGUGAAUGAAUUCUAUGUUUGGGGAUACGAAAAAGUGAGGACAGUUAUAAAAUGAAGUAUAACGUCUAGUCAUUUGUUUAUUACAAAUUGAAAUCCUAUGAUCUGACUAAAGAAUCUUAGCAACUUACGAGUAACAAAACCUAAAACUUUUUCAUAGUGUUUCUUCAAAACAAAUUUUAGGCAGACUUUUUCAAAAUAUCGAUUUGGAAAAGUUUUAGGUGUGCAUUCAUAUGGUGCUGCGGAUUGAAAUAUACAUACCAUUGACAAUGCAUUCAACUUAUUUAUUUAAUUAUAUACAUUCCUAAUUGUCAGUUUAUUUUUUAUAGUUGUGGUAAUUGUGAGUUAUUUGGUCUGUUAAAUUGAAUAACUAUCUUGAUAUUCGAAUAAUACUGAUUUUAUUUAGUUUUAGUAUAUAAACAUUCCUGUACUUUUUUCCCCAAGUUUAUAUACUAUUAUAUACAUUCUCUCUA